AUGUUUCUGUGCUUCUGGGGCUCUUACUUCGCUUUCUUCUUCACUGCUGCAUACGCCAGAGAUAUCCUGGGUAUUUCUUACACUUCGGCGCUGGAUGUCCUGAUGAUUAUGAGCGGCGUUGGGAUCGUCGGCCGGAUUUUACCAAGCUAUUUGGCAGACCGCGCCGGAGCCCUGACAGUGCUCGUACCGACAGCCGCCGCUGGCGCCCUCAUCAUGUUCACUUGGCUUGCCGUGGAUAGAAAGGGUGCCUUCUACGCAUGGGCUGCGAUAAGCGGGAUCAUCUUGGGAGGUAUCCAGGCGGUGUUUCCUUCCGCACUAGCCUCUUUGACAGCCGAUCCUAGCAAACAGGGCACAAGAAUCGGCAUGAUCUUCACGAUAGUCAGUUUCUCAGUCUUGUCAGGGCCUCCAAUUGGGGGCGCGCUUGUGUCUGCAUUGGGUGGGCGGUACUUCGGAGGACAGGUAUUUUCUGGGUGCUGUCUGACUCUAGGCAUGGUCUUCUUAUUUGCGGCAAGAGAAGCUAAGCGAAGGAGCAAGGGCGGACAGUUUUGGAUGAAGGUGUGA